CGGCCCGACCCGACCCCUCGGAGCGCUCGCUGGCUGUGUUCUUUAGCUGUAUUUUGGAUGGGAUUUUCUUUUACUUCAUUGCCAUCUAUAGAAAUUGAUGAAUAUUUUAGCUCUAAGGCUCCAUAUGUCACCAGAUGUCCUUCUUCCUGACUGAGAUGUUUCUGUGGUCUUUGAAGACCAACUUACAUAUUAGAGAUGAAGACAUUGGGAUCCACCAAUACUCUGACAAGAAAGAAACAGCAUCACAGAUGAAGCACAGUUACUUAGAAGAGAAGCAAAAGCUAGGAGACUCCCGAGAUUAUCCUUGGAUCCUGAAAACCAAGAGACCAGACAGACUGCGAGAUGCACUCAAGGAGAUGGAGGACUUAAUGCAAAACACUCCAUGUGUGCUGAGCAAAUGGAAGAACAAACAUACCUGUCAGCUCCUCUUUCACUCAGGUGUCUUGGUGUCCCUAAGCCUUUCUGGGCCACAGCUGGAGAAAGUGGUGAUUGACAGGACCCUGGUGGGGAAGCUCAUCUCCGACACCAUCAGUGAUGCUGUUCUUUCAGACAAUUUCAUCAUUUUGUCAUUUGAGGACCAUAACCAACUCUGCUUUAUUCAGUUUACAAAGAAGAUGGAUUCUCCCGAUGUAAACAAAAGACUGGAAAAACUCUCCUGUUUGGACCUUAAGAUUUCUUAUAUUGAUAUACUUGGACCAGAAGGUAGAAGGAUGAAACGUCACCUGGCAAUAAACUGUAUGCAAGAUAUGGUCAUUUGCUGGUGGUCAGCAACUAGUGAUGGAGCAUGGCCUUGGUCUCCUAUUUCCUGUGAGAGGGACAGAGCCAACCUAUUGCUAUUAGGCUGUGCACAUGGCAAAUUGGAGGUUCUGAGUUUUGUGCGUACAGAAUGGGAUCCCCUCCAUGCCAGCUUCAGCACUCACCAGCCCUACCAGGUGCACACAGUGGAGCACUCGGUGUCGGCCACCAAGGAGCCCAUGGCCGACAGCUGCGUCUACAAGUGCCUCAGGAACAAAAUCCAGUGUGCAGCCAUCACCAGGAUACCGCUGCGAUCCAGGGCCAUCAGCUGCUGCAGGGAUGUUACAGAAGACAAACUAGUCCUGGGCUGUGAAGACUCCUCAAUAAUUCUGUAUGAAGCCUACAACCAAGUAACUCUGUUAGCCCAGGCAGAACUGCUGCCUGCUGUGGUGACCUACCACCCUGCCGGGGCCGUAUUCGUGGUCGGCAGCUCUCAAGGGGAGCUGCAGCUUUUUGACACAGCACUGUCCCCAGUUAAAAUUCAGCUCCUGGCACAAGACUAUUCACCUGAGGCGACUUUGCAAUGUAGUAAACACUUUGAGGUGCCUAGCAGCCUCAUCCAGAUCCAGUGGGCUGCACCUCCAGUUCCGUGUGUCAGCCCUGACAGCAUUGAUAUUCAUGAUCUUUUGUUGGUUAGAUUUGACAAAGGACCCUUGGGAGUACUUCACUUUAAACCUGGUGUGAUCACAAGAGGACAACUGGGCCUUGUGGAAAUCAUCCACCAGUACAUUCAUUAUGAUGAGAUACAUGAGGCAAUUAAUGUCCUGAACACCAUGAACUGGAACACAAUGGGUCAUCAGUGCUAUAUCUGCUUGAGUGCCAUUUGCAAUCACCUUCUUAAACAAAAGCUUACACCAGACAGGGAAGCACAGCUUGAGGCAAGCCUUGGAACCUUUUAUGCACCAACAAGACCCCUCUUGGAUACCACUGUGCUGGAAUACAGGGACCCAAUCAGCAGAUAUGCAAGAAGGUUCUUCCACCACCUGCUCAGGUAUCAAAGGUUUGAAAAAGCGUUUCUGCUUGCUGUCGACAUAGGGGCUCGGGACCUGUUUAUGGACAUCCAUUACCUUGCUCUAGAUAAGGGUGAAUUGGCACUAGCUGAAGUGGCAAAGAGAAAGGCUAAUGACAUUGAUGCAGAAUCAAUAACUACUGGAAUUGCAGAACUUCUGGGGCAGUCAGAUGAAGAAGACCCAUCUUGUGAAGGUUUUGGUCAAUCUUCGGAGCAGGGAGGAGGGUCCAAGCCACCUGCUCCGGGCCCUGCCAUCAGACAACCAGCGCGGAGCUGUUCCCACAGAGCCACCAGCCGCAGCCAGGCAGAGGACGCUGAGCAUGGAGCGAAUGGCCACACCACCUCCCUGAUCACGAAACCCUCUCCCAGCAGCCAGGAAGGAAAUAUGAGAACCAUUCCUUCGGAGCAGGAGACCGGAGACAGCGGGUCUCUCCAAAUCGUGCACUUUGGUCUGGUGUGACUGAGCUCCCAGAGCAAAGAAGAGGAAAUGUCACUGAGGUGGUGAAGUUCAAGGGAAGUCCUUCAUCGAACUUCCAGCCAGCCCUGGAUCUGACCACGAGCAGAUGACAAC